AUGAAGCUCUCACUUCUUGUCUUCGUCGCUCUCUUCGGAUGCACCAUGGCCAUGCGUCAGCAGGUUCCUUUCCCUUCUCUUCCCUAGUUUUCAACUGUUUCUUUCAUUCAGGCGGUUGCAGUUUCCGGCAAACUGUUGUGCGGCGAGAAGCCGGCAUCAGGAGUCAAAGUGAAGCUGUGGGAUGAGGACGACGGCCCUGAUCCGGACGAUGUUCUCGACGAGGGAUUUACGAACAACGACGGAACAUUCCGACUUGAGGGAUCUGAGAGGGAACUGACCAACAUCGAUCCAGUGUUCAAGGUGUACCACGACUGCGACGACGGAAUCAUUCCCGGCCAGAGAAAGCUCAAGUUCCGCAUUCCGUCCAAGUACAUCUCGGCAGGCGGACGUGCUCAGCAGACAUUCAACAUUGGCAUCCUCAACCUGGAGACCAUCUUCCCGAAAGAGGAACGCGACCUUCUGUAA